AGUCGGUAGAACAAGCUACCUCAUAGACAAACAAGUAACUAGAAUCGCAAACCCGACUGUGUCCGCACUCGAAAACUGGUUAAUCUCGUGCCAUUUAAGUCACAGGCUCUACUGAUAAUAAGUGGUAACAUGAAUUAUCACCGUUAACAGUAGUUUACUUGUCCACAUAGGAUCUAGCACUACGAUCCCCAAACUAUCAAGAUCACUUCAAUAUUCCCUUCGCUGACGAUAAACCUACUACUUAUGAGCCAGCUCACUCAUUCUUGCUCUUAUCUCCUCCCUCACUUGGGUCACUGGUAUGAUUUUAACAGUAGAGCCUGGUAUUCGCCCACUUCUUAAGCCCAAAUUUCGAUUGAUAUGUCUUAUCACAAAUGCAAUGCAAUGAGUGCCUCGACACGGGAUAUUUCGGGCUAUCUUCCUAUAGAGCACUAUGGGAUGAUCGGAAAUAUGAGGACAUGCGCGCUAGUGAGCCUGGAUGGUAGUAUAGACUUUAUGUGUUGGCCCGACUUUGACUCACCCUCUAUAUUCUGCCGCCUCCUAGACAAAGACAUAGGAGGCCAUUUCAGCAUCGCGCCACCAGAGUCAGCAUCAUGCACCUCCAAACAACAAUAUCUCCCAUCUUCUGCUAUCCUCCAGACCCGGUACAUAAGCGAGGACGGAGUUGUCAAUCUUCUUGACUUCUUUCCACGUCCCAAGUACGCGAAUAUCCUGACCACCAAUACCUCGCAGAGUUCAUACCGCGAAGCCCGUAGCGUCCAAGAGGAGCUCAAGAAAUGGCUUGUUCGGCGCGUCGAAUGUAUUCGUGGACAGUUCACUCUAGAUGUCGAAGUAUUUCCAGCUUUCGAUUAUGGCAGAGGGUCCCACGAGACCAUGAUUUUGCAACAACGAGUCCAGGCAUCACCUGGCAUUCAGAGCAAGACUGUUACGUUCCACGGCAAGGAAGAGAAGCUCCAGCUAGAUAUCUGCGUUUCCGAUCAAGGAGUCGAUGGAUCGGCGAGUAGUCCGAUCGUAGACUUUCAGAAGGUUCAGCGCAGCGGUAUGAAAGGCGAGGGCGUAGUAGCGAGAGUCACGCUGCAGGAAGGUCAAAGUGUCUCCUUUAUCCUCCGACAGGACCUUCCGGACCACAUAACUACUAACAUCACGUGUACCGUACUGGAUUCACAGCAACAUGACACGCAACAGUUUUGGUAUAACUGGCUUGCCAAAUCUCGAUACAAGGGAGCUUGGAGGGAAGUUGUAAGCAGGAGCUUGAUGAUAUUGAAGAUGCUCACGUACGAACCUACCGGAGCUAUCGUUGCCGCCCCGACAUUUUCAAUCCCCGAAGCCAUUGGGGGUGUCCGUAAUUGGGAUUAUCGUUUCUCCUGGGUUCGUGAUUCAAGCUUCACGAUAUAUAUUCUCUUGCGCAUGGGAUUUACGGACGAGGCAGACGCAUACAUGGGCUUCAUCAGCGAUCGUUUUCAAAAGUCAUUAACUGAUGACGGCGCGUUACCAAUCAUGUUCACUAUCAGGGGAGAUACAGAGAUACCCGAACAUGAGCUUGACCACUUAGACGGCUACAAGGGAAGCAAGCCCGUUAGAAUUGGCAAUGGCGCAGCUUUUCACCAGCAAUUUGAUAUCUACGGCGAGUUAAUGGAUGGGAUAUACCUAUACAAUAAAUACGGGAAACCGGUAUCUUGGGAUACUUGGGUAUCUGUGCGGAAGAUGCUAGACUACGUUUUGACUAUAAUAGACCAACCCGACAUGUCCAUCUGGGAAGUAAGGAACAACAAACAGCACUUCGUAUACUCCAAGGUGAUGUUAUGGGUAGCUUUCGACCGCGGCCUCCGACUCGCAGACAAACGCUGCCUUCCCUGUCCGAACCGCGUGAAAUGGCUCCAAGCUCGAGAUUCCAUCUACGAAGAAAUCAUGGAAAAGGGGUACAACGUCGAGCUGCAAAGUUUCACCCAGAGCUACGAAAACCGUACCAUGAUCGACUCGUCGAUAUUGAUCGCGCCGCUCGUGUUCUUCAUCACGCCUAAUGACCCUAGGUUCCUCAACACCGUCGAGCGAAUUCUCCUUCCACCCGAGAAAGGCGGCUUGACGGUUACUGGACUAGUUCAUCGGUAUAAUAGCGACCUCUCAGAUGACGGCGUCGGCGGUAAAGAAGGUGCCUUCUCAAUGUGUACAUUCUGGCUCGUCGAAGCGCUGACCCGCGCGGGCGCGUACGACCGAAAGUACCUCGUGCGCGCGGUGAACCUCUUCGAGAACAUGCUGGGCUUCUCGAACCACCACUCGAUGUUCAGCGAGGAGAUCUCGCAGACGGGAGAGCAGUUGGGGAACACGCCGCAAGCCUUCAGCCAUCUCGCGCUCAUCUCGGCCGCGUUCAAUCUCGAUCGCGCCAUGAAUGCGGGGGGUGCUAGGGCGGUAUAAGGGGGAGAGAAGGGAUGCUGAUGGUAUUGAUUGAUUGAUGAUGGUGGAAAUGCAUAUCUAGGUACCUACUUCUCACGAGCUCGUCAAGAUAUUGCAAUGAAGAGCCCUUCUGUAUGUAUCUAAGUUUAGGUACCUAGGUAGUAGACUCAAACUUGCCUUGGAGAUAGAUCAUCGUGUUACAACAGCUAGCUAUUUAGGAUAUAACCGGGGUAUCAACCGUCACAAUACAGUUCUCUUUCCCGUCAUCGACCUAUAGGCUUUGUGGGCUAUACAGAUAAUGCGAGAUAUGCAGCCAUAGUAGAAUCACAUUCGUUGUUUGCACGAGGCUUCUCACGACCUUCUUGUAUCGCAACUGUUAUCUGUGGUCAUUUACCUCGUAUACUACCUCACUCAAGUCUCAGCUCUUCCUCUCUCUAUCUUAGAGUACCUAUUUCCUUCUUCCCCUGCGACACCUAGGUAGAAGAGGGUAGAUUCACUGUCGCACAAGAACAAUAUUAGCUUACCUAGUGUCGCUCGUAGGCUGCACGGCACUUCCACUAAGUACUGUGCGCCACCACGUGGAAAGAUUGAUCCAUCGUGAGAUUAUAGCGUAAGCACAUCAACGCAAAUGCCGAUUGGGAGCGGCGCGAAUCCUAAAGCCUUACCGCCAGCCCUCGCUGA